CACUUACAAGGGAAACCUUCAACUUUCUGAUCAAAAAAUGGUGAAACCUUCAACAAUGGCGGAGGAAUCAGCAGCAAAUCUCAGACUUUGGAUCGACCCGAAGAGCGGCUACUGCUCACAUACCAAGACAUUCCACUCCCUCCGGCCUCCGGUCCCACUCCCGCCACUCUCGCAACCCCUCUCCCUCACCCAAUUCACCCUCUCCCUCCUCCAAUCCUCUACGGCCAAGCCCACCACGUCCGUCCUCAUCGAUGCCGCCUCCGGCCGCCAUGUCUCCUACCAAACUUUCCUCAGCCAAAUCCACUCCCUCACCCUCUCCCUCCAAUCCCUCGCGCUCUCCAAAGGUCAUGUGGCCUUCAUUCUCUCCCCUACUUCCCUCCACGUCCCCGUCCUCUAUUUCUCCCUCCUCGCCUUAGGCGUCGUUGUUUCUCCUGCUAAUCCAAUCGGGUCCGAGUCCGAGAUCGCCCACCAGGUCCGGCUAACCCAACCCGCCAUCGCCUUCGCCACGUCAGCAACCGCCAACAAGCUCCCCAAAGGGGAUGAUAAAAUCCGCAGCAUAAUCCUCCUCGACUCACCCGAAUUCCUCUCCAUGCUCGACCGGGACGGGUCAUCCGUAACCCAAUCUGACACUUCAGUUGAAGUCAACCAAACCGACCCGGCUGCGAUUCUUUUCUCCUCCGGCACUACCGGCCGUGUCAAAGGCGUUAUGUUGACUCACUGCAACUUCAUAGCCCUCAUAGCCGGGAUACACGCCUUUCGGCGUGAACCUGACCCGACCCUACCCGACGGCCAAGGCGUGUUGCUGUUCACGCUGCCUCUGUUCCACGUGUUCGGGUUCUGCAUGGUUGUUGGGGCGGUGGCUACGGGCGAGACCUUGGUUUUGAUGGAGAGGUUCGAGUUCGAAGCUAUGCUGAGGGCCGUGGAGAGGCACAAAAUAUCGUACAUGCCGGUGUCGCCGCCGUUGAUCGUGGCUCUGGCGAAGUCGGAGUUGGCUCAGAAGUACGAUCUCAGCUCGCUUCGGUUUCUCGGCUGUGGCGGCGCGCCGCUGAGCAAGGAGGUUGUUGACAGAUUUUGUGAGAGAUUUCCCAGUAUGGAAAUUGGACAGGGAUAUGCUUUAACCGAGACCGGAGGAGGGGGUACGAGAAUGAUUGACUCUGAGGAAUGUAGCCGUCGUGCUUCUGUGGGCCGCCUAGCCGAAAAUAUGGAAGCCAAGAUUGCUGACCCUGAAACCGGAGAGGCUUUGCCUCCUGGCAAGAGUGGUGAGCUAUGGCUGCGAGGUCCAACAAUCAUGAAAGGCUAUGUUGGAGAUGACAAGGCAACUGCUGAGAUCUUGGAUGAAGAUGGGUGGUUGAAGACCGGUGAUCUUUGUUACUUUGAUGACGAGGGUUUCCUCUACAUUGUUGACAGGUUAAAGGAAUUGAUAAAGUACAAGGCAUAUCAGGUACCCCCAGCUGAGUUGGAACAUAUACUUCAGUCUCAUCCCGACGUUGUGGAUGCUGCUGUGAUUCCUUAUCCGGAUGAAAACGCGGGGCAGAUUCCCAUGGCCUAUGUGGUUAGAAAGCCCGGAAGCAAUAUCACUGAGGCUCAAGUUAUGGAUUUCGUUGCAAAACAAGUUGCUCCGUACAAGAAGAUACGACGUGUAGCAUUUAUCAACUCCAUUCAAAAAUCUCCAUCAGGAAAGAUCUUGAGGAGGGAGCUAGUAACUCAUGCUUUAGCCACUGGUUCAUCAAAAUUAUGAUUCAUUCGUUCGAAUCAAAGGAAGAAGAAAGCUUUCUCAACAUUUACUGAUAACUUAUGACGCCAAAACAAUUAAACAGUAGAAAAUGCAUCUUUCAUGAUCA